CCAGUCUCAUCACUGAACUCUAUCAAUUCGAAUUGAUUUUGUGAAUAAUUUAUAAUAAAUUCGAUCAGAUCGUUACUGAGCAUAGAGACACUAACCAUGGUGCGGUGUAAGUGCGUUGGGCCUCUUCAAGCCCUGGUUCUAUUUAUUGGGAUUAUUGCCCUAACCAAUGGUGAACAGGCAUGCCAAUUUCCAGGAGCACCGGCUCAUUCCCACGUCGUCUUCUCCAGCGAAGAAAUAGCAAACAACACGAAGGCAAGCUACGUGUGCGAGAGAGGCUUCGAGCUGCUCGGACCAUCCGAGAGGUACUGCAUCAACGGACACUGGAUCCCAGAAGGAAUACCAUUCUGCGUUCUGAACGUCGCUGUGGGCAAAGCUCCAAUGCAAAUAAGCACCGAAUUGGAUGGAAUGCCUCACAAAGCCAUCGAUGGAAGCACCACAAAGAACUUCACCACCGAUACGUGCACUCUGACCAAGCAGGAGAAUAAACCGUGGUGGUACGUCAACCUUCUCGAACCUUAUAUGGUGCAAUUGGUUCGACUCGAUUUUGGAAAGAGCUGUUGUGGUGCCAUGAAUCCUGCGACGCUGGUGGUGCGCGUCGGUAACAACCGUCCGGAUCUGGGCUCGAAUCCCGUCUGCAAUCGUUUCACAGGAGAAUUGAAGGAAGGUGAACCUCUCUUCCUGCCCUGCAAUCCUCCGAUGCCAGGUGCCUUCGUCAGCGUUCACAUCGAGUACCCAGAGGUCAGCCAGUUGUCCAUCUGCGAAGCAUUCGUUUACACGGAUCAAGCGUUACCAAUCGAGAGAUGUCCUCAAUUCAGGGAUCAGCCUCCAGGAAGCAUGGCCACUUACAAUGGAAAAUGCUACAUCUUUUACAAUAGACCGUUGAAGUUCACGGACGCCCUUUCGUUCUGCAGAAGCAGAGGUGGUACUUUGAUCGAUGAGAGUAAUCCUGCUCUGCAGGGAUUCAUCAGUUGGGAGCUUUGGAGGAGGCACAGGAAUCACUCGAGUGGUAGAUACUGGAUGGGCGCGGUCAGGGAUAAAAAUAUUUGGACGUGGCUGAAGCAGGAGGAGAUUGGUGUUUCGUUUUGGGAUAACAAGAAUGGAAACGGUCAAUGCGCUAGGUACGAUGGUACAAGAGGAUGGCUUUGGGUCGACACCGAUUGCGAAAUGCAACUGAAUUUUAUUUGUCAACAUCAACCUAAAGCUUGCGGACGUCCGGAACAACCACCAAACUCGACAAUGAUUGCGCAAAACUUUAAUGUUGGAGCAAACGUUGAAUACACCUGUGACGAGGGACAUUUGCUCGUUGGACCGACGACCAGGACCUGCCUGGAUACAGGAUUCUACAACGAAUUUCCACCAGUUUGCAAACGAAUUCAAUGCGGAUACCCAGCCGACAUCGCCAACGGAGAGUACACCUUAUUGAACAACAGCAUCGGUUAUCUGAGCAGAGUAAUUUACACUUGCGAUAAGGGCUAUUUGAUGGUGGGAAGGGCACAAUUGGCGUGCGACAUCGACGAAAGAUGGAAUGGACCUCCACCACGUUGCGAAGCCAUUACCUGUCGUCCACCUGUUGAAAUAACCAACGGUUCGAUCAAAAUCAGCAAUUCCGCGUUCAUCUUCGGAACGAUCAUCGAGUACAGUUGCAAUCCCGGUUUCAAAUUGAUUGGAUCCAAUGUUCUCACGUGCUUGGAGAAUGGUCAAUACGAUGUGGUUCCACCCACUUGUCAAGAAGAAAUUAUCACCACGACACCAACGACUACUACUACUGUUACGAAAACCACCCGCAUCCCAACAAAGACUCGAGGAAGGCCCACUCGUCCCGUUCCUACAACAAUUCGUGCGGAAACUGAUAUAAUUCGUUUAGAGAAGACGAAGAGACCCGCUGUGACCUACCGACCAACAGCUACGACCACUGAGAGGAUCACAAGCACCACUCAUACACCUCCAUUGAUUUUGGCCGCCGAUCAUCCACAAGACAACGAAAUUGCUGGAAGCUCUAACAUUCAGCAAGGACAAACACCUAAUGUUAAUGUCCCGAUGUCAAUUGAUGGCAGGGAGGAGAGAAGAGAACCGUUCGGAGCUAAGCUUAAUUUGGGAGCUAUCAUAGCGCUCGGUGCCUUCGGAGGAUUCAUCUUCCUAGCUGCGAUCAUCACCACCAUCAUCAUAUUAGUUAGAAGAAAUCGAAGUGCCAAACAUUAUCGCCAUCGUGCAUCACCGGACUGCAACACGGUCGCAUCCUUCGACUCCUCGAGCUCAGGAUCCAGGAACGGUCUCAAUCGCUACUAUCGCCAAGCAUGGGAGAAUCUGCACGAAUCGGCCGGCGCCAAAGGGGCGGCAGUCAUGAAACCUAGUGGCUCACCUCUUCGACGCAAAGAGACCAUGGACGAACCCUACGUGAGGAACAGCGAAAGACAUCGUGACGCAUCCGAAUUGGUCGUUGCGGACGUUGCCAGAACAUCGGCGGAGAAGAAGCGCCAUCAUCAUCACCACCAUCACCACGACAAGGCGGCUCCGCCCCGCGACUGGCGCUCCACCAACGAAAACACCAGACACAAGAGAUAUUGACAGCCUCCCCUCAUGAUUAUCACAGUACAAUUGGAAGAUUAGCAAAUUCUUUUAUUUUAUUAUUUUUAUUUUAUUUUUGUUUUGUUAUAAUUAUUUAUAAUUUAUUUAUUCCUUUUUUGAGCACUUUAGAUUUUUCGAACAGACGAGGAAAACGAUAUCAAAAAUAAAAAAAAUACGGAAAGAAUUAAGAGAAAAAAGAAACACACACACAAAAAU